AUGUUGAGCCAUAUAAACAUUAUUUAUAUUAUUUGGAUUUUGUUAUUUUUUUUUACAUGUUUAAUUAGCUUUUUUUUAGUAAAUAGACAUUUAGUUAAUUACUCCUCUCCAAAUGUUCAAAAAAAUGUUGUAAGAAUUGUAAUGUUUCUCCCAUUAAAUUCCGGUCUCAGUAUUUUAUCAUCUAUCUUCCCAGGAAUAGCUAUUUUCAAUAGCCUUGUUAGAAAUUGCUACAUGGCUUUUACAGCUCAUUGCUUUUUCUCAAUGAUGACAAAUUCAAUUGGAGAAAAAAAUAUGCUAGAUUUGUUUGAAUCCCAAGGAAAAAUGAAAUUUUUGUGUUGCAAAGUAAUGAAGCUAAAUAGAAAAUUAUUUAAUACUUUAAGAUUUGGAUCAAUCCAAUUUUUUAUUGUAAAAAUUUUUUGCUCCAUUGCAACAAUUACCUGCAUUUCAAUCAGUGAAGAAGUUCAUUCUAUUUUAAAUGUUCAAUCCUUUGCUCCAUAUGAAUUUUUAAUUUCUUUGGUUGCCUCAAUUUUCUGUACUAUCUCAUUAUCAAUAUUCCUUGCCAUUAGUAAAGAAAAAUUAAGUCAGUAUUGGCCAAUGACCAAGUAUAGAAUUAUGAUAUUCAUUUUCUUUAUUGAACAAUUUGAAUAUCUUUUCUUUGCACUUAUUUUCUUGAGAGGUCCUUUUUUUUUAGGUUUUAAAAACUCCUUUGAUCAAACUAUUUUUAUACUUCACUUUACAGUUGUUGUUACAAUGUUUUUGUUCUCAAUUGUUUAUCUUUUCAUUUACUCUUAUAAAAACUAUAGAAAUAAAGCUUCAAAUGAACCUUUAGUUGGAAGAAAUUUUAAAGACUCCUUUGGUUUAUUAAAUUAUUUGGAUGUAUUAAAUCCAAAAGAUUUGUUUAUUGACUUUGCUAGCAUUUUCAAAACAAAUAAUAACAAAUUUAAAGAGUUGGUUGAAGAAAAUGGUGAUAAAAAACCAAAGAAAAAUAUUGAAGAUCAAAACCAAGAAAAUAGUAAUGACCAACCACUAUCAAUCCAAAUGGCUUAG